CUUUGCUUGCGGAAACUUUUAUAUAUAAUUUGUUAAAAAGGAUAUUGCUGUAAAAUGUCGAAACGCAGCGCAGAGGAGUCUGGUGGUGGCGGUAGCACCGCGGCUGCCACAAAUCUCGGGCAGCCACCAAUUAAGAAAGUUCAUUUUGAACCGCACCUCAUUGGGCCUGUGUCGACACUGGAAGAAAUGGAUAUUAAAGUCCUUGAGUUUCAAAAUAAAAAAUUAGCACAGCGUAUUGAACAACGGAUGCGAACCGAAGCAGAGUUGAGGCAUCGUAUUGAACAAUUGGAAAAGCGUCAAAUGCAAGACGAUGCUGUAUUAAAUGUCGUAAAUCGAUAUUGGAAUCAGUUAAAUGAAGAUAUACGCGUGCUCUUGCAACGUUUCGACGCUGAAACGGCUGAUGAGUCUGAAAAUCGCAAUGAGAAUGAAGUUACCACAUCUUUUCUCAUACAAUUAUCCACGUGGGAUAAAGAGGAGCUUGACGAUAAACUUGCUAAUCGUGUUCAAGUUUCAAAGAGGGCGGUAGCAAAGAUAGUGCAAGUGAUUGAUCGUAUCAUGCAACGUAAUGAAAAGAUAACAAUAGCUCUGAAAGAAGGAAAUGGCGUUGCGAGUGGUAGUAAUGCUAAUGCGAAUGCGGAAGGUGAAGAUGGGACAGAUAAUGUUACCAAUAAUAUUUUGCCAAAUAUCGAUGAGACUCUAAAGCAAACGCACAUUGAAAUUAUGACCGAAAACCGAAAUUUGCAAAGCUUAAACACUUCGUUGCAUGAAAAAUUUCAUACAAUUUCAUUAAAAAUGAAAGAAUGUCAAGAUGCUUUGACUGCUAAAGAGACCGAAAAUGCAGAGCUAAAAAAUCAGAUAGAUGAGUUACAAUAUGAUUUGGAAAAAGUGCACUGUCGCAACGAUAAGUUAGAAAAUCAUUUGGCAGAAGCCAUAGAGAAGUUGAAAGCCUACCAUCAAAUGCAUGGUGAUCCUAAUAAAAGCUCAUCUUCUGGUAAAGGAACAGCCACUGCAAAUGUAAACAGCCAACAUUACGAAGACUUGCAAAAGGAUUUAGAAGAGUAUCGUGAACUGGCGAACAAUCGUCUGCAGGAGUUGGAUAAAUUGCAUGCUACACAUAGGGAGACGUUAAAGGAAGUGGAAAAAUUAAAAAUGGAUAUUCGUCAGUUGCCUGAGUCGGUAAUUGUUGAAACGACAGAAUACAAAUGCUUGCAGUCACAGUUCUCGGUUCUAUAUAAUGAAUCCAUGCAAAUAAAAACAAUGUUGGAUGAAACACGGAAUCAGUUGCAGACAAGUAAGAACCAACAUUUACGUCAGAUUGAAGUUAUGGAAAGUGAAGAAUUGAUUGCACAAAAGAAGGUACGGAGUGAAAUGAUUCAAAUGGAGGACGUGUUGGCUCAGAUUAGGAAAGAAUAUGAAACGUUGCGCAUUGAAUUUGAGCAAAAUAUGGCUGCUAACGAGCAAACAGCACCAAUAAAUAGGGAAAUGCGACAUUUAAUUACUUCCUUACAAAACCAUAAUUUGCAGCUAAAAGGAGAAGGUCAGCGAUAUAAGCGUAAAUAUAAGGAUGCUUCGGCAGAUAAUGUAAAGCUUCGAAAAGAAAUAGAGGAUACUUUGGCGAAGCUGGAGGGUACAAAGCAGCCACCGCCCGCAACAGAGGAGGUUAAACUAGAGGGGGGAAAUACUGUGAAAGAGGAGAAUGCCGCUGGUGGCGCAGGAACAACUGGUACUAGCUGUAACGAAUCAUCAGCAACCGUCAAAGAUGAAGCCAGUGCCAACAUCAAAGGGGAUGAUGGCGAUGACGAGAUGAAAGAGCAAAAAGAUGGAAUAAAGCAAGAAAAAAAUUCGACAGGGCCCACUGCAGUUGUUGGGGAGAAGAAAGAUGCUCAGGCUGCAGGUAGUACCAACAAUAAUGCAACAAGCGGAGCAACAGUUGCUGGAACGCCAUGCACAGCUACCGUCAAGGUUGAAAAGGACGCAAAAGAUGUGCCAAAGGCCAAGGAUAUAAAAGUAGUUGAAUCCGAAAUUGUGCGGGAUUUAAAGGCACAGCUCAAAAAAGCAUUAAAUGAUCAAAAGGAAAUGAAGCUUCUUCUUGAUAUGUAUAAAGGCGUUUCAAAGGAUCAACGUGACAAAGUGCAGCUUAUGGCAACCGAGAAGAAACUUCGGUCAGAAAUAGAGGAAUUGCGUCAACAAUUAAAGAAAAUACAGGAAAGUAAAAGAGAAGAGCGUAAAAAGUUGGCAGAUGAAGAAGCAUUACGCAAGAUUAAGCAACUUGAGGAGCAGAAGUAUGAACUGCAGAAACAAGUUGCCAGUCAAAAGCCAGUGGAGAAUGCAUGGGGUGGGCCGGGUGGUGCAAAUUAUGCUCGCCCAUUUGUUGGGUCACAUGAAGAGGAAGCUCUACUAAAUGAAAUGGAAGUAACAGGUCAGGCAUUUGAAGACAUGCAGGAACAAAACUCUCGACUAAUACAGCAACUCCGUGAAAAGGAUGAUGCAAACUUUAAGCUUAUGUCGGAGCGCAUUAAAGCAAACCAGAUGCAUAAUUUAUUACGAGAGGAAAAACAAAUAUUAGUAGAUCAAAUGACCACACGAGAUACUCAAAUUGAAGCAAUGCAUAUUGUAUUGCGAAAGUUAGAAGAGAAGGAGCGUAGCCUUCAAGCUACCGUAGCCACUAUAGAGAAAGAGUUGAUGUUGCGUCAACAAGCAAUGGAAAUGCACAAACGCAAAGCCAUUGAGUCCGCACAGUCAGCAGCAGAUUUAAAGUUGCAUUUAGAAAAGUAUCACUCUCAGAUGAAGGAAGCGCAACAAGUUGUUGCGGAAAAAACUAGUUCGCUUGAGGCGGAGGCUUACAAAACAAAGCGCUUACAGGAAGAACUAGCGCAGUUUAAGCGCAAGGCUGAACGCAUGAAAAAGAUUGAAAUGGCUGGCAGUACUAUUGAUGAAGUAGUAUUAGAAGAGAUUCGCGAAUAUAAAGAGACUCUCACCUGUCCUUCAUGUAAGGUUAAACGCAAAGAUGCCGUUUUAUCGAAAUGUUUCCAUGUUUUCUGCUAUGACUGUUUACGUACUCGCUACGAAACUAGACAGCGGAAAUGUCCUAAAUGCAAUUGUGCUUUUGGUGCAAAUGAUUACCAUCGCCUCUAUUUAACCUAAACAUUUCAGUACGCUGUUAUUAGAUUUCCAUUAAGUAAUACCAAUUGGUUUUUAUUGUCAAAAGUUCAGAAGAGCGGUGAUCAGAUGGGGCUUUUUGCAGUUCUCAUAUCUACUGAAUACAAUCCAUACAUUAUGAUUUAUGUUAGGUAUAUGCUAAAUAUGCAUUAUUAAUUGCAAUAAAUUUACCUGUAUAUCUCUA